AUGCCUAGUGCCUCGUUUUCAUCUUCGCGUUCUUACGUACGUAGAUCGCGAAGAAAAGGUGGACAUAGAAUACCAUUGCCAUCCAGGACACAAUCGAGUGAGCCAUGUGAAUCGGUACCUUGCCCAAAUAACGUGACGGGUAGCGCUAUGGCGGCGACAGCUUGCGCAGGGCCAAGCGGCAGUGGCGGUGGCGGGUCUCCGCCGGUCCCUGCCGCAGCCCCAGCCACCACGGCCGGCCAUCACAGCCCAUAUGACCUAAGACGGAAGUCACCGCCGGCGUACCACGAGCCGGGCCCUUCUGGAACCUGCUCUUUACCCGCUAGAAAAAGACCGAGAACAUCGCUGUCACAAGGCGUGGAUGUUUGCAACGUGUCGCAGUACCUGCAGUAUGAACUUCCGGACGAAGUAUUACUUUGUAUACUAUCACAUCUCACCGAGCGCGACUUGUGCCGCGUCGCGCAGGUCUGCAAGCGGUUCAAUACGAUCGCUAACGACACCGAACUAUGGAAAAGCCUGUACCAGUCGGUGUUCGAAUUUGACACUCCAUUACUGCACCCUGCGCCUUGCCAAUUUGAAUUUGUGGCGCCCGACGAUUGUGAGGCUGACAAUCCGUGGAAAGAAAGCUUUCGUCAACUGUACUAUGGAAUUCACGUGCGACCGAAUUACCGCCCCAAGAAAGACUCUCGCAUGAAACACUUUAACACUAUAAGGGCGGCUCUCGAAUAUGUUGAGGAACGCAGCGGUGGUUCGACGGCUGCGAGCAAUACAAGCACGUGCGCGUGCAGCCCCGCGGCGUGCACGUGCCGUCGUGCGUCCACAUCUGCGCCCGCUCGGCCCGCGCUCGUCUUCGUGCACGCAGGCCUUUACCAGGAGGAGUGUCUCGCUAUUGAUUCGGAUGUACAGCUUGUCGGUUGUGCCCCCGGCAACGUAGCAGAAUCAGUGGUAUUGGAGCGCGAGGCCGAAUCGACUCUCACAUUCGCCGAGGGAGCCAACCGCGCGUACGCAGGCCAUAUGACCCUGAAAUUCUCACCAGAUGCGACAAGCACUAUGCAGCACCACAAGCACUACUGUCUGGAGGUCUCCGACAACUGCUCACCCACCGUUGAUCAUUGUAUUAUUCGCAGUGCUAGUGUUGUUGGUGCAGCAGUGUGCGUGUCAGGCGCUGGCGCUAACCCGGUGAUCAAACACUGCGACAUCAGCGACUGCGAAAAUGUCGGCCUCUACGUCACUGAUUACGCGCAGGGCGCGUAUCAAGACAAUGAGAUAUCACGUAAUGCUCUUGCCGGUAUUUGGGUGAAGAACUUUGCGAAUCCAAUUAUGCGCAGAAACCACAUUCAUCACGGCCGAGAUGUUGGAAUAUUUACAUUUGAAAAUGGACUGGGCUACUUCGAAGCAAACGAUAUUCACAAUAACCGGAUCGCGGGUUUCGAAGUAAAGGCCGGUGCCAACCCUACCGUAGUCCAUUGUGAAAUACACCACGGACAAACCGGCGGUAUCUAUGUACAUGAAUCCGGUCUAGGCCAAUUCAUAGACAAUAAGAUACACUCGAAUAACUUCGCCGGUGUAUGGAUUACGUCUAACAGUAACCCCACUAUACGACGCAAUGAAAUAUAUAACGGGCAUCAGGGGGGCGUGUAUAUAUUCGGUGAAGGGCGUGGGCUGAUUGAGCAUAAUAAUAUCUAUGGAAACGCAUUGGCUGGUAUACAGAUCCGCACAAACAGUGACCCAAUAGUGAGGCACAAUAAAAUCCACCAUGGCCAGCACGGAGGCAUCUACGUGCACGAGAAGGGCCAGGGGCUCAUAGAGGAGAACGAAGUGUACGCGAACACGCUCGCUGGCGUAUGGAUCACUACUGGCUCUACGCCCGUAUUACGACGUAAUCGUAUACAUUCGGGGAAACAGGUCGGCGUAUACUUUUAUGAUAAUGGCCAUGGAAAAUUAGAAGAUAACGAUAUAUUUAAUCACUUGUAUUCGGGGGUUCAAAUAAGGACAGGAAGUAAUCCCGUGAUACGAGGUAACAAGAUAUGGGGUGGACAAAACGGAGGUGUUUUAGUGUAUAAUGGCGGACUUGGUUUAUUGGAACAAAAUGAAAUAUUCGAUAAUGCCAUGGCCGGUGUCUGGAUUAAGACAGAUUCUAAUCCCACCUUGAAGAGGAAUAAGAUUUUUGAUGGACGCGAUGGCGGGAUAUGCAUUUUUAAUGGUGGAAAGGGUAUACUAGAAGAGAAUGACAUAUUCCGUAACGCGCAAGCUGGCGUAUUAAUAUCCACCCAGAGUCACCCUGUACUGCGGCGUAACCGCAUCUUUGAUGGCUUAGCCGCGGGAGUCGAGAUCACUAACAACGCAACUGCCACGCUGGAGCACAACCAGAUAUUCAACAAUCGGUUUGGAGGUCUGUGUUUAGCAUCGGGUGUAUCACCGCUAGUACGCGGCAACAAGAUAUUCAGCAAUCAAGACGCUGUAGAGAAAGCAGUGGGAGGCGGACAGUGCUUGUACAAAAUUUCCUCAUAUACUUCCUUCCCAAUGCACGAUUUUUAUAGAUGCCAGACUUGCAACACAACGGAUCGCAACGCCAUAUGUGUCAAUUGCAUCAAAACGUGUCAUUCCGGACACGAUGUAGAAUUUAUACGCCACGACAGAUUUUUCUGCGACUGCGGCGCGGGCACUUUAUCCAACCAAUGCCAGCUGCAAGGCGAGCCAACUCAAGACACAGACACGUUAUACGAUUCCGCUGCUCCCAUGGAGUCACACACACUUAUGGUCAACUGA